UUGGACCAAAUAAAUGAUGUUUCAGUUCAGAGUUUAAAUAGAACAACUGGGUUUUAAACUGGAUCUAAAAGAACUCAGAGAUUCUGGAAGUUUGUUCCAGAUCAGCGGAGCUGAAGAACUGGAUGCCGCUCCUCCAUAUUUGGUUCUGGGGAUCCAGAGUAGACAGGAAAUAGAAGAUACAGCCAUAAAUCUUUUAAUAUAUUUUGGUGCUAAAGAAGCUCCGCCCCUCCUGCACUCGGACCCCAGGUGCUGGACAGAUGUUAUACACCUGUGGAUGAGACAGAUUGAGGUUAGGUAGGGCAGGGUUCAUGGUCCAUUAGUAUGAAGAAAAUUAAUAAAACAUUUAAUUAAAACUAAAACUGAAGGGAAAACAAGAUUUAAACAAAAAAUAAAUAAAUGUGUCUCAUUCUCAUUCUAAUGAACUUUUUCUUUAACUUAAACUUUUUACAAAAAUCUCAGAGCUUCUCAUUGAAAUCAUUCAUUUCCAAACAGUAAAGAUCAAAAGGAACCGGUCCAUCAGAUCAUCCUUAGCUCUGAUUGGACAGAUAACCUCACAUGAUCUGAGCCCAAUAAAUGCCUCAAACUUUUCUUAUUUAAACUCUGCUGCUUGUAAAUAGUUUGUUGCUUCCAGUUCUCAUCAGAACACCAGAGGAUCCAAUAGAGAAUCUUGAACCUUCUACUUUAAGAUUCUGGCCUUCAUAACGGAGUGAAGGAGGCUCAACCCUAACCCUAACCCUGAACGGGGCUGGAAGCUGUUCACCAGUCUGGACCCACAGAGCUGCUGCUGAUGGUGGUGAUGAUGAAGACUGCAUCGUCCACAGUGGGCAGUUAAUUAACCAAUAAACGGUUAAUUGAUAUCUGGGCUGGAUGUCUGUCUGAGCUGAUAAUGAACCAGACCAGAUCAGAGUGGACCUGCAGGAUAAUCUGCAGCUCAGGAGGAUGAUGUUGUUGUCAUUGUUGUUGUUUUAAUGAUGCGUGUCAGCAGAUAAUCUGCAGAUCAGACUCCAUCUCUAUCUGACCCAGUUUGGGAUCUGAGCCGACACUGAAACUGACUCCAGGUCAGCUGGGAGCCUCAACAUCUGCCGACAUCCAGACCAGGAUGAGUGGGAUUAACACGGUGAUCCACAUCAGAACCAAGGAUCUGCAGACAGGACCAGUAGAGGGAACAUCACUUACUUCGGACCAAACCAUAAAUCCAUCUGGUUCAUAAUCAUCCUGAUCAGAAGAACCACCUCAGCCAACUCCUUUCCAUGUAGAGAAGUAAGGAGCUCCUCCCUGAGCCCAGCCACUACAGAGGAAACUCAUUCUAGCUGCUUCUAUCCAGGAUCUGGUUCCUCCAGUCAUGAUCCAUAUCUCAGAACCAUAGGUGAGGGCUUGAAUAUAGAUGAAACAAUAAAUCCAGAGCUUAACUUUUUAACUUAACUAUUCCUUCACCACCAACAUCCUUAUUACUGCAGAGGAAGAACUGGUCCAUCUUCUGCUCCAUUCUACCAUUUCUCAGGACCACCAGGAUCCUGGAGCUCCUUCAGUCAAGUAGAGACUCAGUCCUCAUAACCUGUUAUUACACCAUCUGCAACAUUGAGACACGUAGCAGGAGGUCCAUGUUUUAAUGAAAAUAAACAAAGGACAGAGCGGUCCAUCUGAUGGACAAAUGACGAUUCAGCUGGUCCAAACCACUUUUAAUAAAUGUUGCGACAUCCAUCCUAGGGAUCCAAACCUCAACCUCUUUUCUGGUCUCCUGCUUCAGAAAACAUCAUUUAGAACUUAGGCCACUCGCCUUAAGAACAUCUGAAGGAACCUGAAAUUAAAUAAGUUGAACAUUGAUGAUAAAUGAAUUUCCUAAAAAAAAAAAAAAAUGUAGAUUUUAGUUUCUUUCUGCAAAUCAUCGAUGUUUUCAUUCUGGAUCUUAUCUCAGAGCUGCUGCAAACGAAGCCAGAACUAAAGCCAACAGGCUCUGGUUGAACUGGGUCCACGUUUGCUGUUCGCCAGAGGGAGGCGCUGUAAAGCUGCCGAGGAGCCGCUGAGCCAGCGGGGAGUCCAGAGGAGGGGGAGUAAUCGGACACCGACCCACAGAGCUGCUGCUGGCUGCUCAGAAUGAAGCGGAGCCCGGCGGCAGUAGUAGCAGCGGGGCGGUCACACAGUUAACCCCGCGGACAGAGAGCGAAGGUGCGGCGGCGCAGAGCAGGAAGCCCUGGUCCUCCCUGCGGAACUUUCUCCGGCUUUUAACCUCUCACCGGCUGUGCCGCUCCGCAGCGCUGCGUGGACAAAUAACGGAGUUCUGUGAAAGUGGGAGAAGUUCUGUUCACGGCUGCUUGACACCCCCAGCAUGAGGAAGAACAGCUACGGGAAACGGGACCCAGCGGAGUCCGCUCAGCAGAACGCUCCGCCGGAUAAAAUGGGCUGGAUCAGAAAGUUCUGUGGAAAGGGGAUCUUCAGGGAAAUCUGGAAAAACCGCUUCGUGGUUCUGAAAGGAGACCAGCUGUUUAUUUGUGAGAAAGAGGUGAAGGAGCUUGGUCGGGCUGAUGAAGUCCUGGACCUGUCCGAUUACGAACGCUGCGAAGAGAUCAGGAAGAACAAGAGUCGCAGCAAGAAAAGCCACAGCAAGUUCAGACUGCACCGCUCCAGCUCGCCAGGGAACACGGUUCCGAACCUGGUCUUCCUGGCCAUGAGUCCAGAGGAGAAGGAGUCCUGGAUCAACAUUCUGAACACAGCCAUCGCCAGAGCCAAGAACCUGAUCCUGGAUGAGGUGAUGGUGGAGGACUCUCAGCUGUCUCAUCUGACCAGAGACCGCGUGAAGAUUCCUCAAAACCGCCGGCUUCCAACCCGAGGCCACCUGUUGGCCGUGGCCUCCACCUCCUCCUCAGACGGGAUGCUGACUCUGGACCUGAUCCAAGAGGAGGUCGCUGCAUCUCAUAAAGGAGUCAGCACAGAAGACUUGAACAAAUCAAUGUCCCAGCUCAGUCCAGACUGUCCCAGGUCUCAAACAGAUGGUGCCCUCUCGGACUGGACCACCGAGCUUUCCACCAAGUCUCAGAGCCUUCCCCGUGAGACGGUGGUGUGGCAAAGGACGGGCCUGAGCCAUACUCCCCAGCCGGACAAACGGCUCAGCACAACAGAGAAAAACCGUUGCUCCUCCAUGGAUGAGAUCCUGAACCACUCAGAGACCAAAGCUGCCAAGAACAAAAUCUCACUCACAUCCCGCUCCUCAACCUCUACACCGACCGGAACCACCAUGCCGAUCAGCCAGCUGCAGGAGCUCAUCAGCCAGAAGCUGGAGAAGACAGAGAAGCUGCUGAUGAAGGUCAGAAGCGACGGGGAUGCUGGGAAGGGGGGGAAACAGUCGACAGAUGGAGCCCAUACUGAAGCAGAAAGACUCCUGAAGGAGGCGGCGGCGGCCUGGAACCAGGCCCGAGAGGUCCUGGAGGAAGUCAAGGAGCUGAAGGCGUUGUACCGACAGCUGGAUCCCAGCUACUCCACCUCCCCCUCCAACAGCACCAAAAUUAACCCCAACCGCAAGAGUCUGAUAUAGGUGGUGAGGUCUUUCAGACUGGGCUGACCCAGGGGGAGCCAGAAAUCCCAGACCUGGUUCUGGACCUCAGAUGAAGGGACUCAAAACUGGAAGCACCGCUUUGCUUUGUUCAGCUCAGCUAAGUCCAAAGAACCUCCUCAGGAGUCUGAACAGCACAAGUUGUUGUAACAAUCAGCAGAUAAGUUCUGUUUUCCAAAAUCGAGCCUGUGAGACCUUCUGUUUUCUCUCGGACCGCCCAGCAUCAUGGGUGUCUAGCCGACCUCACUGGGUACCUGCAACCCUACCUGUACGUUCAGGUGUCUUUUCAGGUUUCUGUGGCUUCUUUAAGCAGGGUUCAGGUUGAACGUUGGCCUGAAGUUCUGGUUGGACCAACUCCCUGCUCAGGAACCAUGAUCUGGGUCUGGAAAGCCAAAUGGUGCUGCUGAUUUUGCAGGAUUCACAUUUAAACAAAGCUUCUGCUGUAUGUAAAUGCUGUUUUUUACUGAAUUUUGAUCCAGUUUAUGAACUCAUCCAGAUGAAAUUGAAACCCGAUUCAAAGCCAACCGAUCGAUGUUGGUAGUUCUAGAAUAUUCUAAAGCAAAACCAGCGGAUUUAUUUCUACACGGAAAAGACAUGUUAAACAAACAUUGUUCUGGUUCUGAUAAGGUUCUAAAAGCCAAGACCUUCAGCUGUACUGGGACAGUUCCCUGCAGAGUGGGAAGCUGCUGGGAUGAGAGUCCGAUCUCAGUUUGAAGUCAUGGUUCUAAACUAGUUGAAUGUUCCCUCUGGGGUCGGGUUCUGUCUCCAACUGCAGAAGAACAGUUCCAGUGUCCCGGUGUUCCUGAGGGAUGUCAGGAUGGAGCAGAAGGAGCAAUGAGGAGAUUGCUCAGGUCUGUGGUGGAGAAGAAGGAGUUCAACUAAAGGGUGAAGCUCUGGAGUUACUGCUGCAGUCCUCACAUAUGGUUCUGAGAUAUAGAUCAAGAUUGAAAGAUCCAGAAUCUGGAUGGAAGCAGCUGAAUGAGCUUCCUCUGCAGGGUGGCUGGGUUCUGCCUUGGAGAUGAGGAGAGGAGCUCCAUCAUCCCGGAGCAGCUCAGAGUAGAGCUGCUGCUGCUCCACAUCGAAUGGAGUGAGCUGAGUUGGUUCUUCUGAAUGAUCAGGAUGACCCAUUUGGAGGUUUUUCAGAAUUCUCCUACUGGGAGGAGACCUCUGCCAGACCCAGAACCCCCUAAAGGCACUGUUCUGGGGAUACGUUUGGAUUGUCCAGAAGGAGCUGUGGAGUCUGGCACUUGGAGUUGUUAGCUCCACAGCCAGUUCUGCAGUGGUGGACUGAUGGUAGAAGUUGUAAAACACAGUUAGGAAAAGGUUCUGAUUUCAUUUUGUAAACAGCCCUGGUUCCCCUCUGCUGACUUGGACUUUUUGUUCUGCAGAAAAGCUGCUGUGAAGAUCAACAAUUGGGAAAAACUGUUUUCUAUGUAAACUCUUUUGGUAUCUUUGGCUUUCUGUAGCACAGAACCGAACUCAUCUCAUCACAUCUGCAGGGUUUUACUGAUCCAAACAGGAAGUUCAAACCCACCUGUAACCUUUCAGAACCAGACCCUGCUGCUUCCUGCUGUUUCUCAGGUAGAUUUAAACUAACCUUUCACCUGGAACGUGCCAAGAGCUCCAACUGAGUGGAGUGUUUGGAUCCGGUUUUAUCCCACAGGGUACCGGUGUGUUAAAUCUGAAUGAAGAACUGAGAGAGUGUGUUUGGAUCUCCAAGUGGCGCUGCUUCUUUGCAUUUAUUGUUCUUCUGAAAGUGUUGGUACCACCAGAUUACAUCGGGGUUCUUCUGGAACCACGGACUCCAUCUAAUGAUUUCUCCUGCUGGAGAACGUUCCUCAGGGCUUGGUACUCGGCUCCUCUGUCAGAUCUUCCUUCUGUUUACAGGAACGUUGUGGAUGAAGCCAGCUAUGGAUAAAAAGUCCGGUUGAAUUAAUUGGUUCAACCCAAACUGCUCCAUCAGGGAAAAACCAUGUUUAAAAGUUACAGAACUGCAGCAGCGUUGGUUCUAUUUGGACCAACUGCUGCAGGGCCGGUACUGUUCUGUCUCACAUUCAUUGGAAUGAUGUUGGACUGAGCUCUCUGGAGACUCCACUGAUUCUUCUUCUCUAGAUAGAAACUUUUUCACAGCUCAGGUGAACCUUAAACUGGACCAACCGGACUGAAUCCCUCCAUCCUCAUCUGUCUGUCAGUACCAGCUGAACAGUGGAAUCAUCUCAAACUAAACCUGGACCAGUCAAUGUUCUGAGUGAAACCAGUGGGACACUAGUUUCUCAUCCACUUAAGAUCUAAUUUAACUGGACUCAAAGUUUGUGUAAAAGGGCCGACAGCUCGAUGUUCUGAUAGAAAACUAUCGGAACCAAAUUUAAACCUGAACUAAACACAGACUGGGAUCAGAAUGGGACCAGACUGGGUAAGAACCAAAUUUAAACCUGAACUGAACUGAACUCAGACUGGAACCAGUCAAGACUGGGACCAGAGUGGUUCAGGAUGGGACCAGACUGGGUCAAAGUGGGACCAUACUGGGAUCAAACCGGUUCAGUCUGGAUUUAGAGUAAAACCAGACUGAAACCAGAUUGAAACAUUCCUGGGUUCAGACUGGAACUGGACAGAAUUGAGCCUGAAGCCACAUUGGAACCAGAAUAAAGACCAAGUGGUUCUAGUUGGACUAAAUCCGGGUCGGUGUUAGUUCAUCUCUCAGAAUGCUGGGAUGUUCUUUUAACUGUCUUCCCUGCCUCCUUCAGUCAUAUUUUAAAUGUGCUCCUGUGGCAGCAAGCUGCUGCUAUAGCCUUAAACCCUGCAGGGGAUCAUGGGAAAUGUAGUUUAGUUGAGAUACGAUGUGAAACAACUGAAGCAGCUGAGUCAUGAACUGCUCGUGCUAAAUAAAAAUCUGCAAACUGAA